CACCCACCUGCCGCCUGCCGACGAGUUCAGAAAUCCUCCAGCGGACAACCUGAACAUGCAGCGCUCGACCAUGCAGACCCUGGCCAAGGCCGUGAAGGCCCAAGCACCUUCGCAAGUCCGCCUCCUGUCCUACACCGAGCGUCAAGCCCGUCUCGGCCGCCCCGUGUCGCCGCACGUCGAAAUCUACGCGUUUCCGAUUACUGCGCUGUCGUCGAUCACGAACCGUGUGACUGGUAUUGCUAUGUCGGGUGGGUUCGCUGCCGUCGGUGCGUUGUCCAUUGUGGGUGCCGAUGUCCCUGCGCUGCUCUACUCUGCGCAGGAAGUCAUUCCGUUCUUCGCCCCUGUCUCCAAAUUCGUCGUGGCAUUCCCCAUCUCGUACCAUUUCCUGUGCGGCGCUCGCCAAGCGGUGUGGGACAACAACCCGGAAGUGUUGACGGUUCCUCAAGCCGCUCCCACGAGCUACGCUCUCUUUGGCGGUGCCGCAGUGCUGGGUUUGGGUGCCGCUGCCAUCACCAUCAAGCGAGAAUAAUUAUACACGUUUAUCUCUCCCUGAUUUGGCGUACCAUGCUCCAAAUACAAGUCGUUCAUACCCCCAACGUGCUUGAGUGCAGUGUAAUCGUGUGUUUCACUGAGCUCCUUUUCAAUGUGGAUAGCCACAUGCAGACCACA